CAAGGGCACGGUACUGUAGUAGUUUUCAUGGGGCCGGUUCGGUGGAAAACCAGUAGUGAUAGAGGAUUUGCAGCAGUAAACGGGAAGGGGGUCUGUAUUCCUCUGUCUCUUUCGUUCUAUUCCACAUACAUGUCCUCUUCCAGUCCCAUCCUCCCUAAGUCAGGUUUGCACAGAAUUUUCAAAAAAGAGGGUAAAAUGUCUCCCACGGUGGCUGCCGCCGCGGCCGCGGCCGCUAUGGAUGCCGCAGCGGUGGCCAAACAAGCGGAACAGCUCCGGCAAGAAGGCAACUUUUGCUUCAAGAAAGAUCGAUUUGGUGCUGCCAUCGAUGCUUAUACUGAGGCGAUUGCAUUGUGCCCUAAUGUGGGCAUAUAUUGGACAAAUCGUGCCUUGUGUCAUCGGAGGCGCAAUGAUUGGAAAAGGGUGGAGGAAGAUUGUAAAAGAGCUAUUCAGAUCGAUCACCAUUCUGUCAAGGCCCAUUACAUGCUAGGUCUUGCUUUGCUGCAAAGAGAAGAGUAUGCUGAAGGGGUCAAGGAACUAGAAAAGGCGUUGGAUUUCGGAAGGGGUGCUAACCCGAAAGGUUACAUGGUAGAGGAAAUCUGGCUGGAGCUUGCAAAAGCAAAAUACUUGGAGUGGGAGCAUGAAUCCACCAAUCGUUCUUGGGAACUUCAAAGUUUGAAAGAAACUUGUGAAGAAGCUCUCAAGGAGAAAAAUUUACUGGAUUCUUCUAAUGCCAAUGGUUAUUUUGAUGGAGAUACAAAGUCCAAUACCGAGCAACUGGAAGCAUUAAGUAGGGUUUUCUACAAAGCUGCAGAAGAUGAUAUACCAACCGAGGUGCCAGAUUAUCUUUGUUGUAAAAUUACGCUUGACAUUUUUCGUGAUCCUGUCAUCGCUCCUAGUGGAUUUACAUAUGAGCGGGCUGUGAUCCUUAACCAUUUGGAAAAGGUGGGUAAGUUUGAUCCAAUUACACGCGAACCACUGUUUAAAUCCCAGCUGGUGCCGAAUUUGGCCAUAAAAGAAGCAGUAGGAGCAUUUCUGGACCAGCACGGUUGGGCUUACAGGAUGGACUAAACGUUGUGCAGUCUGAAUUCGGUUGUAAUUCUUGUUUGUUGUGCAAAAAUGCUAAUUGCGUCUCAGAACCCAAGAAAACAUUCCCUGUGUACUGUAAAAGUGUAAACCGUAAAGCAUGGAAUGUAGCUUGAUGCAACCCGAUUGUAUAGUACCGAAAGAUCACUAUAAUUUAAUGUCGUUCCAUUGGUCUGCUCCAAAUUGUACAGGUGAUCAGAGCGAUGCAUGUACAGUGUUGUGUUGCGAAUGUCGAGUUUCAUGGUGGAAAAA